CUGCUCCCAGAUCUCCGCUGGCGCAUUGUCUCCCAGCUGGAGCCUGUUGCAGGUGGUGAGGGCACGCCUCCCAGCCGGGCAGGAGGCGUGGGCAUGGAGCUGGCCGCCGUCGCCAAGCCCCGGGCCCGCGCCGCUGCCUAGGGCGACCCGAGGGACGCUGCCUAGGGCGCGGCUCCGGGGACCCGUGCGGCCUAUCACGGCCCGGCGCUGCGCGGAUGGCCCUGCUCCUGCGGCCGGUGCUCGCCGUCCUUCUUCUCCUCCUGACCGCCGCUUUCAGGUGCCAGGAGCAGGCCCAGACCACCGACUGGAGAGCCUCCCUGAAGACCAUCCGGAACGGCGUUCACAAGAUAGACACGUACCUGAACGCCGCCUUGGACCUCCUGGGAGGCGAGGACGGGCUCUGCCAGUAUAAGUGCAAUGACGGAUCUAAGCCUUUUCCACGUUAUGGAUAUAAACCCUCCCCGCCGAAUGGAUGUGGCUCCCCACUGUUUGGUGUUCAUCUUAACAUUGGCAUCCCUUCCUUGACAAAGUGCUGCAACCAACACGACAGGUGCUAUGAGACCUGCGGCAAAAGCAAAAACGACUGUGAUGAGGAGUUUCAGUAUUGCCUCUCCAAGAUUUGCCGAGAUGUGCAGAAAACACUAGGGCUAACUCAGCAUGUGCAGGCAUGUGAAACCACCGUGGAGCUCUUGUUUGACAGCGUUAUACAUUUAGGCUGUAAGCCGUACCUGGACAGCCAACGAGCCGCCUGUAGCUGUCGCUACGAAGAAAAAACUGAUCUUUAAAGAAGAUGCUGACAGGUGGUGACAGCAGAUGAGGACAGAAGAACAUAACCUUUGACCAAGAGCUAAUGCUUUCACAGCAUAAAGCUGCCUUAUUUUUGUGAAAGGAUUAUUUUAAGACCUUAUUUUGACAUUAAAACUUCAAACUAAAGAAACAAAUACAGGUUAUCUUCCUGGAUGUUGCCUUAGUGUGCCAUAUUGUCUUGACAAUCACAGAAAGAGGUGCAUGUGAAGGGAGAAUAUUUUAAAAGAGUAACUCAAUUUUCACAACUGUAUUUAUCAAAAAAUAAGGUCAAAUGUAAAAUUCAUUAUAAGGUAUGUUCAACAGUAUCUUAUUUGGAAAUAUGGGGAAAUCUUCACUUAAAAGUAUGUUUACUGUAAAAUUUAAAAUAUACAUUUAUGCC